GCAAGACAUGCAGAAGGCGGAGGAUAUAAGUCAUGUCAGACAGUGAUGAUGAAGAGGAUUUUAUCAAAUAUGGUACCCCUUUGCCAGAACUUGAAGAGGAGGAGCUUCCAAAGCGAAAGCCAGUUCAGGUGCAUGACCAACAGGUGAAAGACAGUAAAGGUCGACCUCAGCGAUUCCAUGGAGCGUUCACGGGCGGGUUCUCCGCAGGAUUCUUCAAUACCGUGGCAACACCAGAAGGAUGGAAACCAUCUGGGUUUGUAUCGUCCAGGCAAGGUAGGGAGGGAGCCAGCAAGCAAGUGCCCGAAGAUUUUAUGGAUGAAGAGGACUUGGCAGAGUUUGGCAUUGCACCAAGAAGCAUUGUGGCAUCAGAGGACUUUGUAAUAUCAAAAGACGCUAGAGGGAAGAAACGAGAAGCACCCACAGGGAGUACAUUUUCUGGAGAGGCUCCGCUUGCCGAGCUAAUCAAACCAACUAGGAUGACGGUUGGAAUGAGACUCCUGCAGACAAUGGGAUGGAGGCCUGGCCAGGGUGUUGGACCAAGAGUUUACCGAGGAAAGCUAGUAAAGCCGGAUGAGAAAAAGGCUUAUGGGUGUGAGAAACCACCUACAGAUGAUGUGGAUGAUGAUGACUAUCCGGAAGAUAGGACCUUUGCUCCAGCAGAUGUGGCUAUGUUCAUCUUUACAGGCAAAGACGACACACAUGGCUUGGCCUACAGGGGACUUGAUGCUUCAGCAAUUGGUCAUAUCAAUCUGUUUGAAACACCAGACAUAGGUGGGAUGGGUCAGCGGGCGAUUCGAGGACAGGCAUUUGGUAUUGGCAUCUUGGAAGAGGAAGAGGAAGAUGGAGACAUUUAUUCUGUAGAUUCGAUGGCAAACUAUGACAAAGUACUUGGUGGUGAGACAACACAAGGCAGAGAUAGGAGACGGGCAUCCAGAUGGCAAAAAUCCCCUGCUGAUGGGAUUUCUGCAGAGAAGCUCAUUGAUGGCUUCAGUAGGUGUGCAAUGUCAUCCGGAGAGAAGAAGAUGUUUCCGCCUCCUGCACUUCCUCGGGACUACACACCGUUCCACGUCUCCUCACGUCAGAGGCAGGCGUCGAAAGACGUGGCGGACAGGAGGAGAAAAACGACGUCCGCGGCAGAGAGAGGUGCCGCCUUGGGGGAGGCUGGGAGCGUUUUCGCACUGCUUUCAAAGCCUACAGCGAAAAUUGGAGCAAGUGACAGAGCUGACGUAACAGGAUCGAACAAGUUCAAAUCCUCAUUCUCACAGUUGACUGAAGCACCAUCCACGUUGCCAGCGUCAAGUAGCGCAAUGGCACUUCCAUCAAUCGUGGUGGGAAAAAAGCAAACUACUGCGGCCCUAACACAGAGCCCUGCUACUGGUUUCCAGCCAUUUGCCAAGUUUCCAGAGAAACAGAAGAGAUAUGAGCUUUACCUGAAAGCGAAAAAGUCGGGAGUACAAGAUCCGUACAAGAGUCUACCAAGUGAAGGAAUGACAGAGUGGGAGGCUGCAAGUGAACGUGAAGCAUUUCACCGCACUGCUGCUCUGUACAGGCCACUUUCUGGAGUUAUGGCAUCCAGGUUCACGAGCGCAAAGUUUGACGAUGAUUCACCGAAAGAGGCUGUGAGCCUAUCUGAUGAGGCUAAUAGGGCAGACCAGAAGGCGGCGGCUAAUAUGAAGAUGUUUGGUCAGCUUACACGGACCAUGCAUGAGUGGCACCCAAACCACGUGCUGUGCAGACGCUUCAAUAUACCAAACCCCUACCCAGGGUCAGAAAUGGUGGGACUGCGGUCAAAAAAGAGAGAGAAGUUUACACUUUCCAACUUCCUUGGUGUGCCGUCGACUAAUGAACCUGAAACAGAGCCGGGUGAAGACGUGUCACAUGUUAAAGCUUUGGAAUAUAAUGUAGGCGCAGGAGAUGAGGGUGACGCAGUAGCGGAUGUUCCUCUCACCCCCGCUGACCAAGCCACCGACAAUGAACCCAUUGAAUACAAGGAGUACGACCCGAAUGCAGACUCGAAGCCUUCUAUGGACCUCUUCAAGGCUAUCUUUGACGAGUCUGAGUCGAGCUCCAGCUCUGAAGAUGAGAAAGAGGAAGUGCAGGAGGAGGUCAAAAUACAGGACAAUGUCAAAAUACAGGAUAAUAUAUCUUCACCAGUGGUCGUAGCCGUAAUAGAAGAGGAGCCCUCAGAGAACGUGUCCAGUACAGAUGCAGCACUGAAUACUCUCGGGAAGGAUGCUAGUUGCCUGCCUGAAUCGGGUCGCAACGGAAACUGCGAGGAAAACCAGAGCCCCGUCGACUCGCACUCGCAUCUGGUAACUGAUGCUGCUAACCAGAGUAGUGAGGCUACUGAUGUCUAUGGGCCUGCAUUGCCACCAGGUUUUACCCCCACGGACCGUCGCAGGCCAACAUUCACGCCACCACAGGAUCGUGCGAUGCCGCAGACACCGGUGCUGCCCCCACUGCCUGAGUACCGACCACCUGUGACCCCUCGUACACCAGGUUCCUCUAACUCCAAAGGACGGGAACAUCGGUCUAAGGAACGCAAGUCUCAUCACAAACACAAACACAAGCACUCAAGCAAGCACAAGAAAAAGAAAUCGACCAGUGAAAAGCGCAAGAAGCAUCGGCGUAAGCGUGGAUCUAAGAGAGAUGCGUCUGGGAGCAGUGGCAGUGAAGCGGAUGAGAGCAGUGACCAGGAGGAUGAACCAGUGCCUUAUAAAGAGAUUCUCCGACGAGUAAAAGCUGUUGCACACAACAGUAUCGGUGACCACUGAUGACGUAUAGCCUGAUUGGGUCUACGUGAUCAUUGUUACCUUCCAGGCCGUAUUACAUGGAAAAAAUGGUUUCAUAGAGAAAAAAUCUAAUGGAUGCAAUAGUGUAAAAUGUUGUUAAAUUACUACAAUACUAUGAUACUAUAUAUUUGUGGACAACUUCCACAUUGCAAUGGUGUCUAUGCAUAACUGCAGUGUUAUCACAUCAUGUAGACAGACCCUUUCGGUAAUUAUUGUUUCACAUGAUGAGUGUGAUUUGUAUAGUAGCUAGCAGCAUUUGAAUCAGUAAGAGUGUAAAUAUGUUACUAUUCGGAAGGUAAGAUAUUGGGUGAAGUAAAACCUUUUUAAUUAACUGA